CAGAGCAGACUGAGCCGUGGUCCGGAGGCUCGAAAACGGGGAAUAACUGGGGAUUACGGUGAAUUUAUUGCACCACGCAAGGCGAGAGGAGCGAAAUGUUGGUUACCGGAGCGGAUUGGACUCUGACGCUGUUACGGAUAUAGCAUCUUUGAGUGAGACUUUGCCUGUUUUGCUUGCCGGUGCAGACCCGGACACAGACAACACAGAGACAGAAAGAAGUACCGGAGCCGCCGCGACACCAGCGAGCGAACUUGGCUUCUCUCUGCUCCGGUGGGAGGUGUCUGCUGUCGGCUGUGGCUCGCUGCACGCACCGCCACCGGCUUUGCUGCUUGGACCUUUUUGAAGUUGAGCCUGUUGCAGUUGUAGCCAAGUUGUAUCUUUUGUAAAUAGCUUCUUCUUUUUUUUUUUUUUUUUUUUUUAGGGCUUUUCGACAACCAACUGUGGCUUUAAUGUGACGCACUAUACUGACAUUAUUGCGGUGUGUCGGAGCGGACCCCCUCUGCAGAGGAGUUAAAUGCUUUGAAACCAAGUUUUACUUUUCACAUUUCUACGGUGCCAACGCAGCCCACACAGAUGUAAGAGGGAAAAGGUCAGAAGCAGAUCAAGCUGGGCCAGGCAAGGCCAGGCUAGGCCUACCUAGCCUUCUGUCUGGCCUUACCAGACAGGCCAGUGACCUCUCCAGAGGGUCUCCAACCAUCAUUUGACCUCACCAGACUUCCAAGUAGAGCUUUAAGGAUUAAAAAUUCCAGUUAUAUUCUGUCUUAUCAGCCUUGGGGAGGCCACACUGGUCUGCUGGAUCUCAAAUCCUUCCAUGUCGUGGUCGCUCCUACCUGGAUGUUGGCAGCAGGAUGGAUUCAGGUGUUAAUUUGACGUUUAUCACUUCAUUGCAGUGCUUGCAUCCCCCCUCCCUCUACUGCCUUUCAACCUGCCCCUCCCCAAUCUCGAAGAGAAGGCCCCUUCCUCUCUCUCGGGGCUUCCCAGAGCCCUGUUCAGAAGGGCCUUGUAGGAACUGUAGGCUGUCGUUCUGAAACUGCUGGCAUUGAAAAGAGGAAGAAGAGUUAAUAAAUCUUUGCCUAAAAGAACACAGCACAAUGAAAAUGUCUGGAUUCAAUAGAUUUGAUUGAGCUUUAUUUCCUGUAAUCCACUCCCUUUAGUCUUCUCUGGAGUUAGAUAAGAGGUUGGAUAGUUUUUGAUUUGAAAAAGAAACUUGCUAGUUGAGUAGUGCGCCAAUUUACACAUAGAUUGGUAAUAACUCACAUAAAACAAAUCCUUGUUCAUACUUACAGAAGUUCUCUGUUUUGGUCCAAGUAUUUAGGAGGAAUGUCUGAAAGCAGCAGCAGCAGCAGCAGCAGCAGCAGCAAAGUAGUGAAAUUCAUUGCUCCGGCCCCCCCUUCGGCCUCUCCCUGUCCAUCACCCCAGUCCGUCCACAAAAAUGUGAACGGUGCUGCCAGUUCAGACACACAUGUGGUAGAAAAGCUGGGUGAACAACCUGAGGUCCAACGUCGACGCCACACGAUGGAUAGAGACUCUAAAACAGCCGAGCACCGCUUCUUUCGCCGGAGUGUCAUCUGUGACUCUAAUGCCACAGCACUGGACCUCCCCAGCAAAGCGGCAUUGAUACUCACGUCACCUCCAGACUGUGAGGGGCUUCCCACCUUUUUCCCUCCACAAAUCUCUGGUCCUGGACCUCAGGUAGGAGAUGCUGAAGGCGGGGAGGUCCAAAGCAUAAACCUCCAGCCUGGUCUCAGGAUAUGUCGGGCAGUUUCGGAGGGGGACUUUAGAAAUGCUGAGGUAGAUUGGGAAACCAGUAGCACCGUUGCUGUUCCCAUUUGCAGUGGUGUUGAGCACAGUGCAGAUAGGGCAGUUAAAGAGCCCACCCCGACAGUAUUGGAUGUUACAGAAAAAACAGUUGGAAAACAACCUGAUGUCACGUUGCAUCCAGGGGACAGACAACAGGUAGUAAAACAUGUAAAAGAGGCGGACUCUGGUAGUGCUAGUAGUCCAACUGAGGAGAAAGAGAGGGAGACGGAGGAGGAGAAGGGGCUCGCAAAAGCCCGGGCAGAGCAGAGGGAGGCAGAGAAACGAGUGCAAGACGACAUAGAGGAGGUGGAGACUAAAGCUGUUGGGACUUCACCAGACGGACGCUUCCUAAAAUUUGACAUUGAGAUUGGAAGAGGUUCCUUUAAGACAGUGUACAAGGGACUGGAUACAGAGACGACAGUGGAAGUGGCGUGGUGUGAACUUCAGGAUCGCAAGCUGUCCAAGUCGGAGCGUCAACGCUUCAAAGAGGAAGCGGGGAUGUUGAACGGUCUCCAGCAUCCUAACAUUGUCCGCUUCUAUGACUCCUGGGAGGGACCGUGCAAAGGAAAGAAAUGUAUUGUUCUGGUCACCGAGCUCAUGACAUCAGGCACACUGAAAACCUACCUGAAGCGUUUCAAGGUGAUGAAAAUCAAGGUCCUGCGUUCAUGGUGUCGACAGAUCCUGAAAGGCCUUCACUUCCUGCACACCAGAGCCCCGCCCAUCAUUCACAGGGACCUGAAGUGCGACAACAUCUUCAUCACGGGGCCUACGGGUUCCGUGAAGAUAGGGGACCUGGGUUUAGCCACGCUGAAGAGGGCCUCGUUUGCAAAGAGUGUCAUAGGUACUCCCGAGUUUAUGGCUCCAGAGAUGUAUGAGGAGAAGUACGAUGAAUCCGUAGACGUCUACGCCUUCGGGAUGUGCAUGUUGGAGAUGGCGACCUCAGAGUACCCCUACUCUGAAUGUCAGAACGCUGCCCAGAUCUACAAGCGGGUCACUAGUGGAGUGAAGCCUGGCAGUUUUGACAAGGUAGCCAUUCCUGAGGUGAAGGAAAUUAUAGAGGGCUGCAUCAGGACAAACAAGGAUGAGAGGUAUGCUAUAAAGACCCUGCUGAACCAUGCGUUCUUCCAGGAGGACACAGGCGUCAGGGUUGAACUGGCAGAGGAGGACGAUGGGGAAAUGAUCGGCAUCAAACUGUGGCUCAGGAUAGAAGACGUCAAGAAGCUCAAAGGCAAAUACAAAGACAACGAAGCCAUCGAGUUCUCCUUUGACCUGAAUAAGGACGUCCCUGAAGAUGUGGCCCAGGAAAUGGUUGAAUCCGGCUACGUUGCUGAGGCCGACCACAAGACCAUGGCCACGAUCAAAGACAGAGUCUCUCUGAUCUUGAGGAAGAGAGAACAGAGACAGCUGGUACGAGAGGAGCAGGAGAAGAGAAAACUGGAGAGCGAACAACAGCGGCAACAACAGCGGCAGCAACAACCACAACAACAACAACAACAACAACAACAACAACAGCAACAACAGCAACAACAGCAACAAGAGGCACUUAAAUCAGCACACACACAGGCAGAGGUAGAGGAGACUGAGGCGGAGCAACAGCAGCAUCACUAUCAGCAAACCGGCAUCUCACACACAUCUGAAGGAGGUUUGGACAGCGGGCAGAGCUCCUCUGUUUUCUCCUCAGACUCCUUCCACCUGGGUCAGCUGACCAUGUCAUACAGCGGCCCCCCCUCCAACCAGCCCCCUUCCCAGCCCCAAACCCCCUACCCUCUCCCCCCCUCUUCAAACCCUCAGCAGCACCCAGGCUACGCCCAGCCACCGCAGCCAAUGCCCAUGUUGCGUCGUCAUCGGAGUCGUAGCAUGUCUGUUUGCGUCCCCCCUUCCUCCUACUCCUUCUCCCAUGCUCCUUCACCCGUGGCUGUUUGUCCAAAGCCGCCCUCAACUCCUCCUCCAAACCUGUCCUCCUCAUCCUCCUACACCAACAGCUCCCCCUGCAUGCCUCUCGCAGCUGAGAGGGACACAUUCGCCGGGCGCCUCUCAAAGGCCCUGGAGUCAGUCCUCCCCCUUCACUCUGCCUCCUCCUUACCCGGGGCCAGGCAGCGGAGGGCCAGCCUGCCUGCACUGUUCUCCAGCCCUCAGCAUACAAUGCCGCACCCCUACAGUGGCGGAGCAGGAGGAGGAGCAGGAGGGAGCAACCCUCUUCCAAAUCUCCCAGACCCCUCUGCUUUUUUCUUUCCCUCCAUCCCUGAACGCCCCAUUUCAUUCUCACCUCCCCCCACCGGGCCUCCCAAGUCCUACAACACACAGAGACGUAAGAGCACGUCCAUCCUUGAGGCACACACAAGACACUUCCAGCCUGCCUACCCUCGCUAUGGCAGCAGCCUGCAUCCUUUUUCUGGGAUGGAGGGAGUUGAGACCCCUUCUUUCUACAUGGUAAAUCCCAGUUUUGCUGCAGCUGCGCAAAGACUUGGCGUUGGGGAGCCGCUGCAUCUCCCAGGACAGUCUGAUCCAAGUAUGUACGUUAAAGACAUGAGAGCAGAGCACGAGGAAGCAGUGAGGAGAUUAAGUCUGAAUCAAGCUGCCUUAUUGGACCAUUACGAAGCAAUGGCAUAUGGAGGUUACCCAAUGACUGCCCACCAGCUUUUCCAUCAGCAGAGGCAAGCCGCCGCUGCAGCUGCUAGUUUGGUAUAUGAACCUGUUUCUGCACCACAACCAGCAUUCUUGCACCCACACCUUAUCCAAAGAAUGAGUGCACACAGCCCAAUCCCUCAACCCUUAACACCAAUGAGUGCACCCGCAGGUGCCGGUGUUACUUCUUCCUCAUCAGAUGGGUGCUAUCCUCCACCUCAGCAUGCAUCUCCGUCUGCUUUCUCCAAUUCUGCACCUCCAGUAAUGUCUGACACUCAAAUGCCAACUGGUAGUGUGUUUGAGUUCCAUUUAGCUGCAGCUGCCGCAGCUGCUGCAGGAGACCCGAGCGUCCUCACAUCCAGACUCUACCGGGCCCGGAGGAGCUCCAUGGAUCUCCCUCUAGAAGACAACACUGGAACUGGAUCAGGAGGUUCAGGCACCUACAGCCGCCUCCAACCUGUGACAGAAGAGCUGUACUCAUACAUCAGUCCUGAGCUCCCCCUACCGCCAGGAAGUCUUCUUUUCCACCACACAGGUUUAGCUGCUAAAGACAGAAGCCCAGAACCCUCUAGUGAUUCUAUGGCCUCUUCUGACGCAGGGGAGUUUCAGUCGCCUCCUCCCCCUCCCCUCCUUCCAUCAAAUGACUCGUCUGCCGCUCAGUCCAUCCCUCACUCCUCAUCCCUGUACGAGUCAUUCGGAGUAGUUUAUCCCAUAGAUCCCCAGGGACAUCCACCCUCCAUGCAGAGCUUUCUCCCUCCCACUCCAUCCUCCGAGCUCCCGCUGGGGGAAGCAUCAGCGAGUCAGCUGGAGUCUAUGAUCCAGAGUGCCUGGGCCCGGCACGGAGGGGUGGUACCAGCCCAACCUGAUAUGACGUACCAUGAGUCCUUGCUGGCCAUGCAGGCCACGAACCCCAGUCUGCAGCAGGUUCAAGCUGCCCCCCCUCAGCCCUCUCCAGGACCCCCUCUUGUCCCUGCCACCAGCCAGCCAGCUCCUCCCGGCACCUGCCAACAAGUCGCUUCAUCCAGUCAGAGUGUUGCAUCAGUUCAGAGCCCCACACACACAUCUCUGCCGCAGGCGUAUGCACAGCCCAGUGUAACUCCAUCUGCUGUUCCCUUGGUGACGCCCUCUCCGCCAUCCCUCCCCGUUACCAUGCCGACUGCGGCGAUGGCCUCCCCUCCCUCUCCUCUGCCAACCCCUGUUAGAGUGGUGCCUACUACUGUUGUUUCCCCUCCUCCUCCUCCUCCUCCUCCUCCUCCUACUCCUGUGCCCACACCCGUGCCUCAGCCGUUGGCCACUGUGGUGCCAAUCAUCAGUGUAGUCACCGCCCCGCCUGAUACCCCCAUGGAAGCCCCUCCCCAGUCCGCCUCUCAGUCUUCAGAGCUGUCCCAGUCCCAACUACAGCCACCUCAAGUACUUUCAUCAAUAGAGAGUGGUCACUCUGAGACUUCAGGCCUGAGCGACGGAAAUGAAGGUGGAGGUCGCCAUGAAGGUCGCUCCACCAAACGACAUCAGAGACGCUCUGUGCGAAGUCGAUCACGCCAUGAGAAGAUCUCCAAGGCCAAACUCAACGUUCUAAGUAUCUCAAACCGAGGAGACAGGGUGGCAGAGUGUCAGCUGGAGACCCACAACAGGAAGAUGGUGACUUUCAGGUUUGAUCUGGAUGGAGACAACCCCGAGGAGAUCGCACAGAUCAUGGUCCAGAGUGAGUUUAUCCUGGAGAGUGAGAGGGAGUCGUUCAUUGAGCAGGUCAGAGAGGUGAUAGAGAAUGCUGAUGAGAAAGGACUGGAGAGAGACCCAAACAGCAAGAUGGGAAGUGAUAUGGUGCAGCAGAUUCCUGUUAUAUCUGUUCCCAUGCCAGACAUCCCUCCCAGUGCUACAGCACAGGUGGUCCAUUCAGCAGGGCGGAGGUUCAUCGUUAGUCCCGUACCUGAGGCAAGGCUGAAGGAACAGACGUUUCCUCCCUCUUCUUCUCCUUGUCAUUCUCCUGCCCCUGCACCUCCUGUUGAAAGUGUCCCUGCAGCUUCAGCUCCAGCUCAAUCCCAGACACCAGGCCAGAAUUUGCUGCUGUCCCAAUCUGCCGGAGCAAUCAGUUUACAACAAGCCUUCUCUGAGCUCAGACAGAACCAGACUCAGUUUGAUGCUGGACCCAGCACAGCCCCAGCUUCCAUCCACUCCAGUCAUCCUCCUCUGCAGCCUGCAGCAGCUCCUGUCCCCACACAGGCCAGCUCUGUCACUCCUCCUGUGGAUUUAACUGCUGGACUUGUCCCUUCAAAUCAAAACCAGACUCUGGGGCAAGUCCCGGAAACCCCCUCCUCCGUCCCCCCCUCUGUGUCUGCUGUCUGUCUCAGCCCUCCUUCUUCCUCCUCCCCUCCUCCUACUGUGGUGAAUCAGUCCAUCCUUCAGUCACAGGUACUUUCACAGGCAGGGAUUCAGGCUGUGUCUCAAACCCAGGGACAGGUGCAGGUCCAGGGACAAGCACAAAUUCAGCCCCAGGUCUUCACCCAGCCUCCCACUCAAACUAUUUCUGCAGCCACUGCUACUUCAGUCCCUUCAACAAUGCUCACCUCCCCUCCUGCUGCCCAGACUGCUCCUCGUGUAACCUCUCCACCCUCCUCAUCCUCAACUUUUAUCACCAGUGACGUCUCCUCCGACCUCCCAUCAGGCUCCCCCAUCACCUCCUCCACUCCCUCUCUGUCUUCCACCGUCAUCCCCACAACCGCCAUCCCAGGCCCCCAGCUCGCUCCUUCUGCAGCCAUAUCCUCCCACCCCUCUCCCCCUCCCUCCACCACUUCCUCCUCUGCUGUGGGACUGCAGCCAGUGACUACAAAUGUUCCUUUGGUUCAACCAACAUUGGUCCACUCCCAGCCACAGACGGCCGCCAUGCCCGGUCAGACACACACGCACUGUGGGGAAUGUGAUGCAAGGUGUGAGUCCUCCACUGAUUUACAAGGCAAACCAGACGACAUCCAAGCCCUGGAGAUGAAGCUGCGCUCGCUCUUCAUGGACCUUGGUGGCGGGGUGUCUUCAGCCGACAUGUUAGCAUCCGACCCUGCUUCUGGAACCCAUGCAGCUGGUACUUCAUCCCCAAUAGGACCCUCUUCUACCUCCGGCACAUCUGUCACCACACCUUGCUCCAGUCUGCCAGCUAAUCCUCCUCAGCCCCCCUCCAGUUUAGCACUGGGGUCACCUGUUCCAAUCCAGGGCCCAGGAACACCGAUCUCCACUCCUGCACCCAUUGUUUCUACAGUCAACCCUGCUGCAUCCUUUGGCCAGACCACUCCAUCCAAACCCCCUUUAUCCAGGGUGCCGGCCAGUUCUCCUACUUCAGAACUCCUGCCAUCUUUCCCUGGACCUUGUCUAAUACAGUCCCAGCAGCCUCUGGAGGACCUGGAUGCUCAGUUAAGGCGAGCACUGAGCCCAGAGACGGUUCCUGUCAGCACGCACACACAGGCCUCUCACAGUGGAACACAUGCAGCGGGACAACCAAUUCCCUUCUCUCUGGAGGAAGAAACGAUGUCCUCUGCGGCUCCUCCCCCUCCUGUUAAACUGGGCAGAUUUCAGGUCUCACUGGCUGCUGAAGAGCCUCCUGUCAAACGCCCCGCCUGCACCGAAUCCUCCACCACCUCCUCCUCUUCCUCUUCUUCCUCCUCGUCCUCCUCCAGCCUCUCCAGCCCGGAGAACACGCUGCACAAGGACUCCUCGUCUCCUCUGAGAGUCGGAGGAAGAGAUGUUGUCGAUGGACUACCCCAAAAGAUGGAAGGGUGCCGCCAACCUUCCCCUAUUGCCUCACCCUCCCCCUCUCCUAAGCCGCCCACCACCAUCGGACGCUUCCAGGUUACUACUAGCACUGAGGCUCGUGUUGGACGAUUCUCUGUGAGCCGAGCCCAGGAGCAGAGCACUGAGUCGAGACAGACGCCUCCACCUGCUGCAAAGGCUACAAAUGGACCCAGUGAUCCUGGGCAGCUUUUGAGUCCAGAUUCUACUCAUAAAGCCUCGCUACCAAGUCUCAACAACUCCUUUAACAACUCCUAUGUCAGCAGUGACAAUGACUCCGAAUUUGAGGAUGAAGACUUUAAACGGGAAGUCGGCCGCCUCAGAGAAAAGCACAUGCGUGAGAUUCAGGCGCUACACUCCCGCCAGAAGGAAGAAAUAGACUGCCUCUUCACAAAACUUGGAAAGGUUCCUCCAGCUACUGUGCUCCCUCCAGUUGUAUCCCUGACUGGCAGGAGGAGACGACCUACCAAAAGCAAAUCGUCCAAAUCAUCCAGAACCAGCUCCAUGCAUGGCAGCAAGAGCCCUUUACAGCCAGGCAGCACUUUAUCCGCCCAGAGCGUCCCCACCAUGUACCCCGGCCAGCUGGUUCUGUUAGCCCCAGGAGGAUUAGCCGAUUCGGGCAGCAGCACAAUGCUCCAGCCAAUCAAACCCUCUCCCUCCAGCAACAACCUGUGUUCUGCCUACACCAGCGAGGGGGCGCUGUCUGUGCCCAGCCUGUGUGCUCCCACCCCAGGCUGUGUAAAGUUCAGCUGGGGUUCGGAGCGUUUGGCCCUCAAGCCUGGCGGCAGGAGGACGCGCUUUCUGAGUACGCCCUGCUUGGCUCUUUGGAAGAUGGUGAAAAAAGUCUGCCCCUGCAACCAGCUCUGUAGGACUAACAGCACCAACGCAGUGAGUGGUUCAGGGGGUUUGGGUCAGAGCCAAGGUGGUUCUCAGUGUCUGCCCCCCAACAUGUCAGCCCCACACCAGAGGAAAGGAACCUUCACCGACGACCUCCAUAAACUGGUAGACAACUGGGCCAGAGAUGCCAUGAACCUCUCACAGGGGAAGAGGAGUGCCAAACAGCUGCAGCAGACCCCAGCACAAGGACACAGCUAUGAGGUGAUCCAGUCUGCCAGUCUGGGCAGGAAGUACUCUGCACCCAGCCAACUGUGUCCCAGCAGCAUCGGAGGCUCCGCCCACCUCCCUUCAAACCCCACCACCGCUACCUCUAUGGCCGUCCGCAAGGGCUCCCUGUGCCAUCCGCCCGCUUCCUCAUCUACACCUCAACCCCAACCUCCCCAGUUCAUCCACUACACCCCCACCGCCGCCUACAGUGCACAGUGGUCCGGUCCUGCUCACGGCCUCUCGACUCCACAUCAGGCCCCUGCACAGCCCGGGCCCCUGCUGGUCAGCACUUCCCAGCCCUUAGGCCCCUACCCAGCAGUCUCGGUAGGAGGUCAGGGCCAGAUCCCCGGGCAGGGUCCACUCCAGGCUUUCCAUCUUGCCCACUCUCUGCAAAAAUCUGUCAGCAACCCAGGAGGACCCAACCUGAGGACCACGUAGGGCUGGGGGAGAGGGCUGGAGUGAAUCACGGCCCGCCUGGUCAGAACAGAAAAACAGAGUGUUAUACGCUAGAUCUGCCAGAGAGGAUGGAAGAACUGGAGGGUGCAAUGAGUUUGAAAUAAAAUCAGCAGAAAGAAAACAGGAAACGAAAUACGGAAUACAAACUCUGUAUCCAUCCUUUUGUGCAAGAAGCUGUCGCAAAAAGCAGUCCAUGAUCUCCUUGGUCUGUUGUUUUGGACUGAGGUCUUGUGACAGCUCAAAGAUUAAGAAAAAAGACUGAUGAGUGCAAUGUUAAAGGCCAAAGAGGUAUUGACAGGGUGCAGGAUUGGUAUUAGUAACUCUUGCUGUUAUGUUAAGGCACUUAUCGCUUGGUCACACUUGUUCCAUUUCAGGCAUUAACUUAAGUGAACAACAGUCUGUGAGGCGGGUCAACCAGUUGAGGAGAUGUUAUAACAUUUUGAGGGGGAGGAAUGUGGGGGCCAGCCUUUAAAGAAACCAAAUUUAGCCCUUGUGUCCACACAGCAGCUCUUAAUAGCUUCUCGUGCUGAAGUAAUUUCAAAGAUUUGAAUCUUUUGGCUCUUUUAUUGAGUAUUUUGAGAAAAAGAAAAAAGCUCUCAAGCUCUUAAAGCAGAUGCUAACAUGCUGAAAUUCCCUUAAAUGAGAUUGGGACUCCACAAAGAGAGGAGCAUGGCUGGUCAGCACAAUCAGGUUGUCUGUUUGACUGUAACGUGCUUGUCAAAAAGCUGCAUACAGCUGCAGAUAAAAGCUUUGAUUACAGGUGGAAGCAAAAUGAAAAGGUGUUGGAUACAGCGUGUGAGUGUUUGCUCUUCAGUAUUUACAAUCUGGUCAUUCCCUCCUAACCAUUAAAAGCACAAGAAAGUCCAAAAAACAAACCACUGGGAAAUAGAAAGUCUGGAUCUUAGCUGCCUAAUUUAGAGUAAGUGUAAUCCAGCACAUGGUGGAUUUGUUCACCUGUAAGCUCGAGUCAUGACAGCUACUCCUCUGUUACCUUCUGUGUCUUGCUCCUCCCUUGUUGUGACAAACUGCUCAAACAGGUGGAGAAUGAUGGAGGAGAGAAAGAGGACAAAGAAGAGCAGAGAGAGAGUGUGCUGGUUUUACAUCAGAAUCAAACACCUCGUCCACUGUCCGAUUAAAGUACUGAAUGGACAGAUGCUUCUGCUCGACAAACGCCUCCUCACCGUCACGACUCCACCUCUUCCUCCAUCUCUCCCUCUGUCCGCCUGCCUCUCUGUUGCCAUUUGAAGCAAUAACAGCAGAAACCUUUUAGAGAAAACGUGAGCGGACUCGGCGUGAAACAGUGGCCUUGUUAUCAGAGUAAUAUCGAGUCCCUGUACAGUUUGUGUCUCGGUUCAUUUUUUAGAAUGUCAGCUAUUAUGAUUCCAUUUUGUUAUUUUUAUUUUGUUUUGUUGGAUUUUGUUUGGCUUGCUGCACUCGCACACACACAGACAUACAGUACAUUACACACACACACACACACACACAGACACACACAGACUUAUAUACAGACAUGCACAUUGAGGCGUAGCAGCAGUUUAACAGAGUGACACAUUAAUGCCUCAGUUCAUCAUUAGUUUGCUUUCAACAUGUGUGUUGAAAUGAUUGCAAUGUACAUUAAUGUCAUAAUUAUUGUUGUGAAUGAUUAUUAUUCUAUUUAAAAAGAAACAAAAACAAGAGUGUGUUCUGUCGACGGACCUGUUAUGCGAGCACAUCGGUGUGCGAUGUGAAAACACUGUGAUUAUUGUUGUUUAUUCUCAGACAAUGUUGUUGGACAACGUUAGUUUGAGGAUGAAAUGUCACAAAUUAAGAAAACAAAAGCAAACUGAGGACGGCUUGGUGAGGCUUUCACUUUCAAUUCUUUGCAACUUUAUAAAAUAGAUUCUUUGAAUAAUGUGAAAAAAAAUCCUUCUUUACAAUAAUCGUCCUUUACAGUCAGCUUUGGAGGACGUUUAUCCAAACAAAUGCCUUACAACAACUGAUCGACUGCAGCUUCAGUUCCUUAAAAAACGGAUCAUAUUGAAAGUGGAAAGUGACCUCAUUGCUGGAUUAUUAAAACAAACCGGGGUGAAAGGCAGAAUAGUUGAUAUUUAGAUAAUAAAGUAAUGCUAGCUAUUUUUUCUUAAUACAGUACUUAUAUAUCAGACACUUUAAAUAGCCCUCCUCUUCCCUUUCUCCCCUGGUUCUGUUAGAUGAAUGUGAAUGUAUAAACCAAUGGUGUCCAUUUUAAUGUACUUGAAAACUGUCUUUAAUUUUUCUUUUUUCUUUUGCUUCCCCCCACCAUCACCUAUCGAGCCUCUGGUGAAAUCUAGAGGUGCUCACUAGUGCCUUGCAUCUUUCCUGUUGCUUGUUGUGUUGGGGGUUGACGACUUUGAGUUAAAGUAAGCACACUAGGCAGCAUGUGUGGAGAGUUUUUGGGGGUGUCACUUUGAAGUCAGUGGUUGGAUUACAGGCAGGUAGUAGAUGGCUGUUAGCUGUUGAUGUGUGUGCUACAGCUGGUUUGUGGUUUAUUCUCUUUGAUAGUGUAAAGAAGAAUGCUUCCACAUGUUGGAUUGAAAAAAAAAAAUUCAAUCGUAACUAUUAACCUUAACUUAGCCUAACUCUGCUGCCACUGAAGGCCGAAACACAGGAGGCCUGACUGUGACUUUAGCCCGGUUACUACACCAUAGCUAAAAGAUGGAGGGAAUAUGAGAGUUCAUCAGUGACUUUUUUUUUCAGGGUUUUUACAUGUAGAUAUUGGAGGAAAAGAGGUGCGUUUAUAUUUUUUCAGGAGGGAGUCAUUAAAGAUUGUAUUUGAAGCUUGGACCACUCUGUACUUUAGGCACUGGCCCACACAGGAGCAGGAUUCAGUCAGCGGAGGACAAAUCGCGGUAAUCAAAGUGAAUUCAUCUAUUAGGUUUGACCUAUCUCUCGCUUUCAUUCUAUCUUUACCAAAAAAGUAACGAUGACGUGACCUCUGGAUUAGAGUCACCCAUUCAGUGAGCAGUGAGUGCAUUUACCGAGGCACAUCUAUUAUAAACUUUACAGUAAAAUGACUACAGCCCAAAGCCCCUGAAAACACUUUCAUUUCUAAACAAGCAGCAAUCUGUGCAAAAACAAACAUGUUAAGGUAUCUUUUAGGAAUAGUUUGACACUGAAAAACUCAACUAUUCGGCUUUAUCAGCAGUAUUUUGGAGGGUGUUUGUUACAGUUAAGAUUGACAGUGACAAAACGUGGCUCCAUCUGAAUCCUGAUUGGUGCACAGAGGAAAGUUUUUCCAACUGAGCUCCACCCACUUAGAAAAUGUGACGAAAGAAAGAAAUAAUUUUUCUCCUGUGAAAUAACCCAAACUUCCCUUUUUCUGCAGUAUUUGACUUCAAUCUAGGAAGUUUUCAGUGUCAAAAGCAGCAGAAAGAAAUGCUGACUGCAAAGUUGCAGGAGCCGUAAUGAUUCUCAAGUACAACCCAUUUUUUAUUCCCACUAGGAACAUGUUGGCUGUCUUCCAUUUUAUUACCCCAAAAGCAUUUAAAAGGCCGCAGAGCUACACUGUCUUUUUAACAGAUGUUGUAGCCUAAUCAUCUCAGACGUGCUGCUUGAGGACAAAAAAGCAAAUCUGCAAAAGGUAUGAAAACUGUCUCAUUCACAACCUGCUCCCACUGUAUAGUUCUGCAGCUGCAGUGUUGGGGGUUUAUUCACAAAGAGAAGAAGAAGAAGUGUUUUAAGAUGGGGGUGUCACUGCUAGGGGUGGUGUUGGUGGUGGUUAUGAUGAUUGUGAUGAUGAUGAUGGUGGAAGUGAUAAUGGAGUUCUGGUGGUUUUAGAUUCAAGGCCUUAGACACCCUGUCCUCUUGUUUUUUUCUUUUAUCAAAAACAUGUCUGGUACAAACUUAGACAGUCACUUAUCUGUUGAUAUUCUGGGAAUAGGCGUUACUUAGUACAAAACAAACAAACACACAUUGCUUUUGCCUGAGACAUUUUCCAUUUCUUGUGAAUAGGCAAGUUUGGUUGAAGCUGUGAAUAAUCAUUGAGCCACUUUGCUUUAGUUAAGAGCAUUUUCUAUUCUUUGUGAUUAGAAGUCAGACCUUUAAUAAUCGGAGGACAGAAUACAAAAAAACAAAAGAGUGUAUGAACCUGCUUUUUCUCACUGGAGCUGCUUUGAUUGACAGGUAACAACCUGGAUUUUCACGUUGUCAUUGCUCUAGCCUCGAUUGAUUUCCGCAGUAGAAGUUGGAUGCUUUUUUUGCCGUGUUUCUACGUCAUUACUACAGACAGAAUAAAGAAAGCAAUGCAAUAUUAUUUAAAGAUACAGUUAGUUUAGAUUACAGAUGGCUUCAAAGUUAGGCACCUGCUGGAGGACUCUUAUUUUGAAAGCUCUAUCAGUUGUCGUGAAGUUGUUUCAGAGUCGUGAUGGAGGGCUCUUACUGUGAAAGGCUUGGGAGUAAUGUAGUUAGGGCGCUCUUAUUGUGAAGUAUCCUGAAGGUGACACAUGCAGUGUAGCAGUGGUUGUUUUUCUUUUACUCACAUUACAUUCAGUUUUUGCCUGUUUGGGACUUGCUUAUCUUUUCUGCUUUUGACUGUAGAAGUGCCCACAUGUACAAAAUGCCUUUCAGAUCAACACACACACACACACACACACACACACACACACACACACACACACACACACACACACACACACACUCAGUGCAUAACCUUGCUGUUUCACAUUGCUCUCUCCUGUGGAUUGAUGUCGAUUCUCGAGCACAGCGACUAUUUCUCCUACAGACUGUUACUGAAAACAUGUUGAUUAUGUUUCUGCUCUCACUGAUGUUUUAUAUUUUAUUUGUUUUAUCAGCAGUUUUAAUGUCUCUAGCGGCACCUAACUUAAUUCAGUGGUUUCAUUUUUUCUGUAACGUGUUUGACAUUGUACAAAGUGGUUGCAUAAAAACAAAACAAGGAUGAAUGAAUGAAAGAAAAUCAAAAAGAUACAUGUAGGGAGUCAUCGGCAGCCUUUCAAGGUAUGUUUUGCACUAAGUAUAGAGUGUUCAAGCUUCAUAUUAAAAAAAAAGUUUGCGCUUUGCGCUACAAAACAAUGAAAUUUGUUACUUUAUUUGUAAAAACUUAAUGAAUAAAAGUUGUUCAAAUGAA